GACUUAUUCACGGUACACUGCACGGCAUCCGUGAUUAUGAUAAAACUACACUACAAAAUAAGUCAGGCAGGGAAGCCCUACCUCGACAGAACUGACAUCACGUUUGAAUCCUAACAAAAAAACGACAACAUUAUUUAUCAAGAUUAAUAAGGCUUAAGAGACGGAACUUUACAUGGAAAACAGCUCAAAAUUAAAAACAGUUAUUUCCUGAUAUAAAACAUGCAAAGGCAAAGACAUUCCUUCAAGCUCACAUCGCAUAGGGUCGGAGUAAUACUCAUAUUGUUAUCAUUUAUUUGGGGGUUGUAUCUCAUAAAAAUUCAGCUAGAUGAAAGAAGCUCUCAACCAGACUACCUAAAGGCAAGAAUAAUUCAGCUUUCAAGGGAAUACAUAAAAGCUCUGGCUCGUGAAAAGAGUCUUGGAGGAAUUGAUGGCCAAGUACCAAAAGAUGUUGAAGACAUGAAAAAAGCAACUGCAGUGUUGCUGCAAAGCAUGAUGGACAGAAUACACAUCCUGGAAAUACAAGUUGAGAGUGUUAUUGUCAAUAGCACUCAAGAAUUUCAAAAUUUAGCCAACCAAAUCAAGUCUCUAAACAGCUCCAUAUAUAAUGGCAACAGAACAACAGUCUGGGAAGAUAAAUGUGUUAUCCCAAAUGAUCCAAGUUAUCCUGAGUGUUUACAAAAAUUUAAUUGGCUGGAGAAAAACUGGAAGAAAGACCCAAGAUUUGCUAAGCAUGGAGUUAAUGGAUCUCGCUGCUCUAUACUAAAGUAUUUGAGUGAGGUCGAGGCUUGGUGUCCAAAACCGCAGUUUAAUUGUGAAAUACCCAAUGAUUCUGCCUUUCCUCACUGUUCGGCUAAAGUUCAGUGGAUGAGGAAAUAUUGGACUUCAGAUCCAAAGUUUCGUGGACAUGGAGUUGAUGGCUCUGACUGCUCUAUACUUUACUAUCUUAGUGAGGUUGAAAAUUGGUGUCCUAGUGUUGCUGGACACACAAGUGUUUCUGAUUGCGCAGUCCCUAACAAUCCUUCCCAUCCAUCAUGCAUGGCAAAAGUUGCUUGGAUGAGAAACUUUUGGAAGUCUGAUGCAUGUUAUGCUAAGGAUUAUGGUGUCAAUGGAACCAUCUGUUCAUUUCUAGUUUAUUUAAGCGAGGUUGAAAACUGGUGUCCUCUCUUACCCGGCCGUGCAAGACCAACAGUUGUAUCUACUAAACCAUUACUGAAGCCUAACUUUCAUCAGAAAGAACUAUCUGGGCUGCUGACACUUUUAGAUGACAAAAAUGCUAUUAAAUUUAGAUGGAUAAAAACUAGAAUCACAAGGAUGUGGCCUGCUUGGAGAGAAGCUCUGAAAUUUUUGAAGAGCAACAGAGACAGUUCAAAAGAUGUCAGAAAAAAGAUUCUGAUUCACAUCGGUGUUUUAGCCAGCGAGUCAACUUUGCACUUUGCAGAAAAUGCAUACAAAGGAGGCCCACUAGGAGAGCUUGUGCAGUGGAGUGACUUGAUAUCUUCUCUUUAUUUACUUGGUCAUGAUAUUACAGUUAGUGCUGAUAUAAAUAAACUACAGCAAGCGCUGGGAAGCGUCAAACAUGGGCGCAAAAAUUCCUGCCCAAUCCACAUUUCUGAUGACUUUGAUCUGAUUUAUCUUGAUUACUAUGGAAUUCGACAAUUGAUUUCCAAGAUAGGAUCACUCAUGCCAUAUUUCAAAUGUAAAUUUCGAAUACUGGACUCGUUUGGCACUGAAGCCCAAUUCAAUUAUGCAGGAUUCACUGAAAAAAUCCCUGGUGGCAGUAUGGGACUCUGGGGACGUCAUAAUCUAAAUUUGCGACAGUUUAUGACGAUGUUUCCCCAUAGUCCAGAUAACUCGUUUUUGGGAUUUGUUGUGGGAGAGAAACCUCCAGAUGUAAAACAACCGAAGAAAAAGAAACCUAGAGCACUGGUCUAUGGCAAACACUUUUAUAUGUGGAAGGAUCUUAAGAACAAAGAAUUUCUUAAUAUCAUUAACAAGUACCUUGAGAUCCAUGCUACAGUAGGAGGAGCGAAUGACUUUGAAUUGCGAAAAUAUAUCCCAAGUUUUGUCAUAAACCAUGGUGUUCUACCUGCUGCAGAAGUACAGAGUCUUCUUCAACAAUCUAUGGUAUUUGUUGGCCUUGGAUUUCCAUACGAAGGUCCUGCACCUCUGGAAGCCAUAGCCAAUGGCUGUUUUUAUCUUAAUCCUAAGUUUACUCCACCCAGAAACCGCCUAAAUACACCAUUCUUCAAGGACAAACCCACCUUAAGAAAGAUAACCUCCCAGCAUCCUUAUACAGAAGAGUAUAUAUCCAAGCCUUACGUGUACACAAUAGAUAUUGAUAACGAUGCGGAAGUGGAAGAAGUCUUGAAAGCAAUUUUAGUGUCUGAACCGGUAAAACCGUACAUGCCUUUCGAGUUCACACAUGAAGGAAUGCUGGAAAGAUUACAUGAAUUUGUACAGAAGCAGGACUUUUGCGGCCAAAGUCAUUGGCCACCAAUCGAGACUCUACGACCUAUCAAAGGUGACAUCUCAAAGUCAUGUAAAGAGACAUGUCAUGAAAAAGAAAUGGUUUGCGAGCCUGAGUUCUUCCAGGAGAUCAAUUUGCCCGAGCAACUUACAAGGGCUGGUUUCCCUUGCAAUACAACUCGUUCCGAGGAUACACCGUCACUGGUUGCUCCAGGAUACCGUGAAGACCCACCAGCCUGUUUACUCCAAGCCCAGCCACUUCUUUUUAGCUGCACGGCAACAAGCCCGUCUACAAGUAGGCUAUGUCCAUGCAGAGAUUUUAAGAAGGGACAAGUUGCUUUGUGUAAAUCAUGCUGAUAGUUUUGAGGAGUGUAAAAAGUGAAAAAAAGUCCCAAAGUCCAAAAAUACAACAAAAGAUUACUGCUACCUCUCAGUCCUUGGACUUAGGUGAAAGGGCUGGGCCAUUUGUAAUUACUUCCCAUCCGAGUGCAAGUGCAGUGAAGCAGACGAUAAGGCAAAGCCAUGCCAAGCUCACUGUCCAGUCAUUACAUUUUAUUUAAAAUUACAUAGCAUCGAGUGCAAUGAAUAUGUAAAUUAGCACCAUAUAAUGAGUGAUGACAUUUCCGACUUUACAAUUUGUAUUUUUACAUUUUCACGUUACUUAAGGCCAAUCCUAGUACUAUGGUUACCCGCUACUAUAAGCAGGGUCAAUAGAGCUCGGCUUCACAAGGAAAAAUAUAGUUAGGCCGAUAACCCGAGUGGUAGGGCUGGUUAGGAACGUCAACAAACCAAAAUGGUAUAAAUCACAAGAUAUUGACGGAAACUUGACUGAAACUUGACUUUCAAAUAUAUUUUACAGUGCGAUUUA